AUGCGAACGGAGCAGUCCGCGGCGGCACACUGCCCAGUGCGCGGCUGGAGCGAGCGCGUGCUGGAUACGUUGUCCAACGAGCUUAAUGAUUUCACACUGUCGCUGAUGCAGUUCAGCCAGUUCGUCGACCACGAUCUGUCGCACGCAUUGGUGUUCCGUCUUAAUUCUGGCAACGGCAUCGAGUGCUGCGAGAACGACGGUCAGACAUUCCCGACGGUGCCCCGGCACCCCCAGUGCAUCCCCAUCCCCAUUCCGGCCGAUGACCCGUUCUACAGCCAGUUCGGCCAACGCUGCAUGAGUCUGGUGAGAUCCCUGCCGGCGCCGCUGCCAGACUGCAUCUCGAGGCCAGGCCAACCGCUCAACGAACUCAGCUCCUUCCUGGACGCGUCCAACAUAUACGGCAGCCAAGUGGAGGAGCUGAAUGCGAUACGCGCCUUCCAGGACGGCUUGAUGCUUACCAGUCCGGGUGAGCUGCUGCCAUUGACGGGUGCAGAUGUCUCGGACAGACCGUGUCGUGCUUCCAUCUGCUUCCGAGCUGGCGAAACGCGCGUGAACGAGCAGAGUGGUCUGGCCGUCAUGCACACGGUGUUCGUGCGCGAGCACAACCGGAUCGCACGCGGGCUCAAGAACGUCCACCCCUUCUGGGACGACGAGCGCCUGUUCCAGAACGCCAGACGAAUUGUGGCGGCCGAAUGGCAGCACAUCCUCUACAACGAAUGGCUGCCGAUUGUCGUCGGCUUCGAGUAUGCCGAUGCGCACGGUCUUCUGCCUCUGCAGUCCGGAUUCUCCAACUAUUAUGACCCGAACAUAGAUCCCAGCAUCUCUAACUCGUUCGCUUCUGCUGCUUUCCGAUUCGGUCACAACAUGGUGCGAGACAUGUAUGACCUGAUAGACGCCAACGGUCAGGUGUUCCAGGUGGUCAACGUCUCCACGACCUUUUUUGAGCCGACUGUGGUGGCACAGAGCUUGGUCAUUGACCGGCUGCGGUCUGUUUACGAUGAUCCACGAGACGUGGACCUUUUCAUCGGUGGGGCGAUAGAGCGGCGAGCCCCUGGCGCCCAGGUGGGACCCACCUUCCAGUGCCUGGUCGGGCAGCAGUUCUUCGACCUACGGUUUGGAGACCGUUUCUUCUACGACAACGGCGGCUUUGCGCACAGUUUCACACCCGCACAGCUGGCGGAGAUCAGGAAGAGUAGCUGGAUAUCGCCGUCGGCUCGCAUACGGAUAGGCUGCAGCGAGACCACCGCCUUCAAGCUGGCAAGGCGGGCGGAGGCUCGGGACAGUUUGAACGAGAACGGCGUCCCACUGCCGGUGCCGCAGCAAUGA